ACGACUCUGGGCUGCCCUGUAUAUCUUCUACUUGCUGGAAUAUUCGUUGUAGUUCAGGCAUGAAGGAGCGGAAACCUCUCGGUUCAGGCCGUGGAGCGGAGCGGAGCGACUCGGUUUGGGGGGACUUUGGAGACUUUACGCAUGCUCCUCGUCAGCUGCGGGCGGGGAGACUUUAAAGUUGGACGCUUUUCAUUUACAGUAGUGACGGAGGUGAAAUGAGAUUCUGUAGUGAACUCUUGGUAUUUUUGGAACAUCUCAAGUGGUCUCACAACAGAUAACCAAGAAGAGGACAAAGUCACUGUGACGCGACCAUUCCCACUGUAACAAAUGGCAGAUGGAUAUGAGCAGGCCAGCGCAUCAGAGUUUAUUAAGGACCGCCUGUACUUUGCCACUCUGCGGGUCAAACCUAAGAAUACAGCCAACACACACUUCUUCAGCACGGAUGAGGAGCUCAUAUAUGAAAGUUUCUAUGCAGACUUUGGGCCCCUCAACCUGGCCAUGCUGUACAGAUACUGCUGGAAACUCAACAAGAAGCUGAAGUCUUUCACAAUGUCUAGAAAGAGCCUGGUUCACUACACCAGCUACGACCAGAAGAAGAGAGCCAAUGCUGCUGUUCUGAUUGGUGCCUAUGCUGUGAUGUAUCUGAAGAGAAGCCCAGAAGAUGCCUACAGGACUCUGAUAGCAGGAAACAGCACAGGCUACAUGCCGUUUAGGUACAGGCUGCUGCUUUCUACGAAACAGCGCUUCAUGCUGGGCUGUUGUCCUUACAUUCCCUUUGGGGGGAGUUGUGCUUUUGUUGUGAAAAUCUGUUCCUGCUCUUUUCCUCUGCAGGCAUUACAACAUGGUUUCCUGGAUUUUGAAAGGUUCAGUGCAGAAGAAUAUGAACAUUAUGAGCGAGUUGAAAAUGGAGAUAUGAACUGGAUCGUUCCGGGGAAAGUUCUGGCGUUCAGUAGCCCUCAUUCUCGUGGUUAUCCCCUCCACACACCCGAGGCAUACUUCUCAUACUUUUACCAAAAUGACGUAACGACCGUGGUUCGUCUGAACAGGACGUUGUAUGAUGGCAGGCGGUUUGAGGAUGCAGGAUUUGAGCACCACGACCUCUUCUUCCUUGAUGGGACCACGCCCUCUGACCUCAUCGUCAGACGCUUUCUGCAUGUGUGUGAAAGUACAGACGGGGCAGUGGCGGUGCACUGUAAAGCUGGAUUAGGCCGCACGGGCACUCUGAUUGGCUGCUACCUGAUGAAGCACUUCCGCUUUACUGCAGCCGAGGCGAUUGCUUGGAUCAGAGUCUGCAGACCUGGCUCUAUCAUCGGUCCACAGCAAAACUUCUUAGAAGAGAAGCAGCACAGUUUGUGGGUUCAGGGUGACGUGCAUCGGUCUAAACAGAAGCUGGUCCAACAGAGACUGAGUCGGCAGCAGCAGCUGCAGCAGCAGCAGCUGCACCGCUCUGACUCUGUGCAGGGAGGCAAACAGGAGGCAGUGUCCUCGCUGCUUUCCAGCAUGGAUGACCUGUCAAUCAACACCGUGCUAUGCAAGUCAUAUAGCUUGGAUGAGAAUAACUGCAAAGAAGUCAGUCUGACACAGGGAGACGAACUGAGAGCACUGAAGGGAAAACGCCCACCGAGAUCAGCGUCAUCCUGCUCAAGGUACCAACAUCUGUAACGUAAUUAAUGAUAGAUGGUUAUUGUGGUCAGUGCAAGAGACACGUGGAGAAUGAGCUCAAACGCUGGAAACAAAGUUUCUAUUAACAACGAGAGAUAAUAGACACCAAUAUGUUUUUGUGGAUGUCAGAAAGUACGUAAGUGACUGUUGUCGAAUGCUACAAAGAACGCACGCUUUGUUUGCACGCUGUCUAACAGGCAGACCGGACUGCAUGAAAUCCUGCUGUGUUCUCAUCUGUGCAGCGUGAAUGUUGUGUGUAACCUGCUCGAGCUCAUGUGUCCUUCUUUGUUCUUCGGUUAAACUGAAACCUAAAUGCAACAGGAGAAGUUGUUGUCUUUUGGCGACUUUAGUUAUGAGUGAGAUUAAGGUUCUGGAGGUUGUCAGAGUUCUACUGCCUGACGGUGUCCUCAGCUGGAGCCAGCAGGCCUCCAUCUUUACUGUACACCGUGUUGGUGGAGCACCACUUCCCCUCCUGACGCUUUGCCAGAAUCGCUCCUCCUACGCCCAAGUUUUUGCUGCAGCCGCGGCCUGAGCUGCGUUUCGAUUGGCCUGCCCGCUGCCUCUGCUCUCCAUCCUUGGCUGCCGCCAGACACACAAUCAGUAGAUAAUACCUCUGCUCACUACAGUUUUUGUUUGGGUCCCUGAAUCCACGGCCCAAAUAUAGCAGAUAUAUAAGAAGCUGCCAUAGUUCAAGAAACAUUUCAUAAAAAGUAAAUAGUUACAAGUCGGGGAUAUGGGAGCUGCGGCAAAAAGAAACCAAAGGACGACCACGAACCAAACUCACGGCUUCUCCUGUAAACUA